GUUACCUCGUUAUUAAAGGCAAGUCGUACACCAUUCAAUUUAAUGGAACUGCACCCGAUAAAACGGAAAUACAUGCAGAAAACAUGAUACUUGGUGAUAUGAUUCGUGUUGGCAUCUGCUAUCCAAAAGGUGUUACAAGUUUCGAAGUAACUGGGUCACAGCUGGCGAUGGUCACGAUGUUUUCAGUAUCGUCAAUCAAGGAGUUGGAUAGUGAUACCACUGGAAAGGCAUGGUUUUGGGAUUCUGCUUCAGGAUUACUGUUUAUUAAGCUUGUUGGUUUCCAUGACUCCAUAGAUGGAGAGGUCUGUCCAGGCCUAAGAUGUCCUACUAUAACUAUAAUCCGAAAUGGCGGCGGCUCGACCCCUGCUGACUGCUUUGACGCAGCCUAUACAGGAGCUGCACCUUACAAGAAACAAGAUACCUGUUCUGAAACUGUUCCCAGCAGGAAACCUUGCUCUAAAUCUGAGACAAUUCCAGAGGGUAUUGGUAUGCCUGUUGUACCGAGUAUAGAGAAUGUUCCCAAGUUUGCACCAGAGUGUUCAGUCCCAGUGAUUCACCCAAAUCGUGGCUCCAUUGAAUACAUGGGAUGUUUCAGAGACACAAAAAUUCGUGACUUACCUUAUGAUAGAUGGAUACUAAUGGCCUCCAUGACUCCAGAAGUCUGCAUAGAGAGAUGUUACUAUCGUGGAUAUCAGUAUGCAGCUGUACAGAUUGGAAACCAAUGUUUCUGUGGCAAUGCUUAUGGUAUAUUUGGUGAAGACAGCGGAGGCUGUAAAAAACCAUGUUCUGGCGAUUCUAGCAAGAUAUGUGGCGGGAUGAUGAAAAAUUCAGUUUAUUCUACUGGCAAUGCUGCUGACGCGGCACUUCCAACUUGUGGACCGGGGAACUCUGGAGUUCAGAUCAAUGGAAACUGCUUCUAUCUUGGUGGUAGUCCAGUGGACUAUGUGCUGGGAGAAAAACAGUGUGUGGGUCUGGGAGGUCACCUGGCCAAAAUAGACAGUGCGGACACAAUGACAAAACUGGAAAUGUAUCUUCGCCCAUCCAAAUCUGAUGUGUGGAUCGGACUGUCGGAUGUAGUGACUGAAGGAAACUUUCAGUGGACAGAUGGAAGCAGCCUUGGUGCAUACAACAACUUCAAAACCAACGUUGGCAAAAGUGAUUUUGUGUUUCUUGAAGUGGCAUCAGUAUUCCAUUGGCAAACAGCUGCUUCAAUAAAGGCAAAACGACCAUUGUGCAAGAUCACUGGGUCGGCGCCCACUACAAGCAAAUGUGGAACAAAUGAUUAUGGCAAUCGCACUGGAACUUCCCAAGCUUGCUAUGCUGUUUUGCCUGACCGUGCUACCUUUAGAGAAGCACAGUAUGCCUGUUGGACAAGAAAUGGUAGACUGGCACCCAUCACUGCCGCAUCUAAGAAUGAAGUUAUUCAGCAUAUAUAUUUGUUUGGUCACAGUGGAGUACGUGACUAUUGGGUUCAGGGAUCAGACUCAUCAGUUUACACAGAACUGAGGUAUGGUGCUGUGUUUAAUGAAGGUACAGCUGGUUUGAGUACAUUGAACAUUCCUGUGUGUUUACUAGAGGACGUCAGUGCCUCCAAUCCAUGUUCAACGGGAUGGACGUUGUCCAAUGGAUAUUGCUAUCUUUAUUCAAAUUAUAAAGCGUCCUCAUAUGCAGAUACUCUAAAUCUCUGUAAACAGGGAAUAAGUGACAUCGUGACGAUACACUCUGCUGCAGAACAUGAGUUUGUAAUUAACAUGGUGAAGUCUGUCAGCGGAAGAAAGUCCUCUGUUCUCCUCGGGUUCAAAUAUAGUUCUGGAUCAUUCAGGUGGGCUGAUGGACAGACUACUCAGGUAACGUAUUGGAAAACUGGAAAAGGAGACGGCAACACUGCCAAGGGAAAAUGUGCGGUCCUCAAGAUAAAAUCUUUGAAAUGGUUCAACGUGGAUUGCAAAAGAACCAAGGCUGGUGUCGUCUGCAAAGCACCUGCUGCCAACUGAUUGGGGCAAAGGGCACAAUGGACUAAAUUAGCAGUAUUCCUGUGUAACAGUACCUCAAUGUGCUAUAUGCUAAAAUAAAGAUAUAUAUUCUGAAA